AUGAUUAGCCUGACAAAACUGGCGGCUCUGUUCGCCGUCCAAGUUUGCUUGGUCGCAGUAUACCUCCAACUAAAAAGCCCCACUGUCGAGGAUUCGAUACGGGAAAUCACCUACAAAGGCACCCGGGCAUCUAAUGUGGAGCAUUUUCAGAAUAUCUUCUACGCAGAGACACCCACCGGGCAGCGACGCUUUGCUCCGCCGGUUCCCACGAGGCCACAAAGGGGCUCUGUCAUCGAUGCUACCAAGUCUGGUGCAUGGUGUCCUCAGGGGACUGGUGAUAUACUACCGUUUACAAGCCGAGUCACCAAUAUUAGCGAGGAUUGUCUGAGCUUGCGCAUUGCGAGGCCGAGAGGGACUAACGGUGAUGCAAAGCUGCCGGUAAUGGUGUGGCUUCACGGAGGUGGCCACAUUCUGGGCUCUGCUUCCGAGAUUUUGUACAAGCCAGAUGGCGUGGUGAAACAAUCGGUGGUUGAUGGGCGGCCGAUAAUUUAUGUUGGGAUCAACUACCGUCUGGGCUUCUUCGGUUUUGCAACUAGCGAAACGUUGAUUGGGAGAAAGGAAACGAAUGUCGGUCUGCGUGAUCAGCGCGCCGCUCUCGAGUGGAUCCGUGACCAUGUAGAGGCGUUCGGUGGUGACCCUAACAGAGUUACUGUAGUUGGGCAAAGCGUGGGAGCUGCUGAUAUCGGACUGCAACUAAUGGCCUUUGGCGGAGAAAAGACUGUUCCAUUUCAACAGGCAAUCAUGAUGUCAGGCAGUCCAGGAGUAAACUUCAACAGUCUUCCGGACCUGGUUGCCAACAAUACAGCUGCCAUUGCCCAACAAGUGGGAUGCGUCAGUGAUGGCAAUGGUCAGGAUCUCCAAACGCUGAAGUGUCUCCGAGAUGCUCCCUUCGAAGUACUAACUAAUCUUUCCGUGGCCGCUGCUCGAACAGCCCGGCCAGUAUUUGGAGAAGGCUACUUCUACCCAACCAUCGAUAACGACUUUAUUCAAGACCGGCCCUCAAGGAUAACACGCGCCGGCAAAUUUACUAAAGGCAUCCCACUCAUAGCUUCCUGGGUGACGAAUGAUGGCGCUUGGUACGCAUCGCCGUCUACUUCGACCGAUGAGGAAGUUGUCAGUACUUUCAACCUUUGGCUUCACAAUCUGUCAGAGUCUACGAAACAGAAACUCCUUCAGCUCUACCCCUUAGAAGACUUUGACCACAUGGUAAGACCCGAAAUCGACGGUCCAAUCUCCCCACAAUACUAUCGCGCCGCCCAAAUGAACCGCGACAUCUGGUUCACCUGCCCAGUGCUAGACAUUGCCUACCAGUACGUCCAUCAUGGAGGCGCGGACAUGUCACAGGUGCGGCUGUACGAGUUUAAUGAAACUAGGUACACUCCAGUCUUCAAAACAAUGGGUGUGCCCAUGUGGCGUGUUUCGCAUCUCAGCGAUAUACCAUACCUGUUCAACAAUGGCAAGCUGGGCGGUGGAUGUGAUAAUUCAGAGAGCCAGCUUAGGUUGAGUAAACAAUUCAGCCAGACAAUCAUCCGGUUCAUCUAUGGGGUUGCACUUGAUGGGAAGGAUAGCGGUGGUGACUCCUGGCCCCCUGCCUUCUCGGAGGACACAUCGAAGAAAGCAUCCCCAUCAAAUGAUGCCCCUGAUAAAAUCACACUCCAGGUAUUUGGUGGUCCCCAGGGGUCGGUGCCAGUAACCGUGAGCAAAAUGCCUGGGACAGAUUCAAGUGCAUUGAGUGAAGCAGUGAAAGCAAUGUCCUGGUCGAAGUUGUUCAGUCGAUGUGAAUUCAUCAACGGCCAGCAGUUCAGGCACGAAGCGGGAGUUUAA